UUCCGGGACAAGUAUAAACAGUUAGGCUGGACGGUGUUGCCAGUUAAACAUCAAGUCAAAGGUCACCCUAUUCUCAAACACAUGUUUCUGGAAGCAAUUCAGCUACAACCACAUUCACAACUAUAUGGAUUUGCCAAUGCAGACUUACUCUUCACGGAUUCUCUCGUGGAAAGUUUGCGCGCUGUUGUCAGCUCGCCUGUAUUAUUUAAGAAAACUUUCUUGGUUGUUGGACGCCGCAUGAACACCCCGAACAUCACGCGCGAGGAAGCAAGCUCGUGGAGGAAUAUAACCAAGGCUUCAAAACGGGGAAAGCUUAUGGAGGCCACGCGCGGCAUUGAUUACUUUAUAACGUCUCCUAACUACCACUGGAGACACAUACCCGGCGUUCAAGUCGGACAGAAGUUAUAUGAUAAUUGGUUGGUUUGGGACGCUCGGAGAAUGGGCUACCAUGUGAUCGAUGUAACAAACACAUUGCUGGCCGUCCAUCAAGAUGCACCUUACCCUAAACAGCACGGACGAAUGAAUCAAAAUCUUGUAUUGAUAAAGGAACCCAGCCAAAAACUCUAUAACCGGGGAGUCGUGGCGUGUUGUAACCUCUAUACCGUACACAUUAAUCGGACCAUACGUCUUCAACGCAAAAAGUUACCAAAACAUUGUUUCCAUUGAUUAUACCUGUAACAUUACGUCUGGUGACUUAUAUCUGUAAUAUUACGUCUGGUGACUUAUACCUGUAACAUUACGCCUGGUGACUUAUACCUGUACAAU